AUACACACACUGAUGACAGUGUGUUUCUGUGGAUCAGUAAGAAUCAUUGAAGUCUUUCCUACUGUAUUAUGGCAGCGCUCCAGAAUUUACGAUGAAUCGUCACUGAUCUUGUCACUAGAGAUCAGCGAAAUGACAAACUUGACGGAAAAUGACGCGCCUGAGGCACCUUAUUUGUACGUGUCUGACGAUAGUCUCAACAGAGUAACAUCCGCCUUUGCCAAUGUUCUCAUUCCUGCCUUCUCCAUAUUUGGCUGUCUGGGAAACUUUCUAAGCCUGGUUGUACUGGUGCACCAUAAGAUGAGGAAUUCCACAAACUCUUGUCUGGCGGCGCUGGCUGUCUCGGAUAUACUCGUUCUCCUGCACAGCUUACUGUUUGCCGGAAUCACCAUCAUUUCCAGCUACGAUCCACUGCGAGGCCGUGCUCUCAGGAUCACCGUCUACCCUUUCUUUGGGGCUUAUGGCAGCGUGGUGACGGCCAGAAUUACGUCCCUUUUAACGACAAUGUUGAGCAUUGAGCGAUUUAUUGCCGUUUAUCGCCCCAUCAAGGCCAGACAGCUGUGCAUCAAGAGGCAUGCUCACAUAGGAAUAGCAUCCAUUUAUGUCAUCACUAUCUUAGUUUUUAUUCCACUUGCCCUAAAAUAUCACGUUAUAUCCGUGAGGGCACCAGGUACGAACAGAACCAUGCUUAUACUAAACAAAACCGAAUUUGGUCAAAAUGAAAUGUUUUACACAUUCUAUGGCAACAUCCUAAAUGUUGUGUUCAGGAUUUUACCCUUACUACUCAUUCUGGGUUUGAAUUCUAUGAUUGCUGUGGCGAUUCGCAAGACCUGGAGCGUUAGACGAACGUUAAGUCAAACAUGUCCACAAAAUGGUAGUUGUGAGCAGAAUCGCAUAACGGUUAUGCUUCUGUUCGUGUCUUGUGUCUUUGUCGUUUGUAUCCUGCCAGGGGCAGUCAGCAGCUUUAUUUCCCAGAUCUGGACAGAGUACUCUAGAUUUGGCAGAGCCCGAAACUUGUACCACUGCGUCUCUUACGUGGCCUUCUUUUUGGAAACCGUGAAUUCUUCUAUCAACUUUGUCAUCUAUAUGGCUCUCAGUCAGAAGUUCUGGCAGACGUACAAGGAAAUAUUCUGCUACCCGAAAACUUUGCGAGGGAAAGCAAACGACAUACCCGGACAUCAGUACAUACCACUGUUCAGAAAACGGCACCAAUUUUCAACUAGCAGCAUGAUGAGCAACCCUGAGACAAGGAUAACUCUGUUGAGCAGUUACGGCGGGAAGACCCGCAGUAGUGUUUCUAGUGUGGGGAGUCUGGGAGAUAAGAGCGGGCAUAUCAAGAUGCUGCUGAAUUCUGAGAGGCCUCUUUAUCGCCGCUCCCUGGACUUCGCCAUGGCAGAGCGCGGGAAAAUGGAGAAGUUGUCUUCUGGUCGCGAGCUUUUGGAACAUCAACAAGCUAAACUGUUCGGUGAACAAUCUCUGAGAAUGAAUUCCAUCUCACAGAAUGGCCUCCAGUAGGACAAGACACUUCUUUGAUUAAAUCAAUGUUAGUUUGAUGUUAACUGUUAACUGGAAAUGACAAUGAAUGUGUAUAUACUGUUCGAAGGUAAAGUCUACAUUUCAACAAACAAACUUGUGAUUCCUACAUGUAGUUUGGAAAACUGUACGCGUCAUGUAAACAUUGUACACUCAGUAUUUUGUUCUGUGUGGAAGUGACACUUUCACUAUCGAAAUCAGGGUCUUCUUUGGCGCCUUGUUGGUUUUCUUAAAUUUUAGACCGGAAGAAUGUCCAACUUUUAAAUCAUAUUAAUGGGAGUUGUUGAUACUGUAAAUGUCAUGUGUUGUGUACAUUUCGUGCCUUCUAUGACUAUCGGUUUCUUACUUGUGCAGUGACACGGAUUGCCAUGUUAAUAGCCGCCAUUGUCCAUUGCGUGUGUCAUAUUCUACUAGGGAUGUGAAGUGCUCUGACGUCAUUUCCUGUGAAUUUAACACACGUCAUUACUACAUGUAUGUGGGGUACAGGUGACAUAUAUGCCAACGCACAAUGAAGACAGCAUGAAAUGAAUGUCUUGCAUAUCUCUUGUAUUGUUUCGUUGAAAAUAUAAAUAAA